AUGGAGAGUUUAAAUGGAAGAGUAUCAAGUUUGGGAACUUUUGCAGUGACGACGAGGAGCAAUGCAUUUGUACCUCCAAUGGGAAUGGGUUCAACCCUCAUGCAUGUUUCUCGAUCCUAUUCUGACUUCCAUGUUUUGGGAUCAAGAACCAAUCACAAGCUCAUCCAAAGGCAGACUCACCAUCAACACUCUUCUUCUGAGACCUUUCUCUUAGACCAACCAUCCUGGCUAGAUGAUCUCCUCGAUGACCAAGAGACACUUACACAACCCAAGGAUCAUCUAUCAACAACCAACUCUACUGCAUAUUUAGGUCCAAAGGGAAGAUGUAAUGUUGUUGUAGGAUCUUCCUCUUCUUGGGGAACCCAAAAUUCGCUUUGUCAUACCGAUCCAUGGCAAGCUUUAGCUUCUUCAGUCGAUAAAUCGUCAAACUCUUCCGAAAAUAAGCAGAAUGGCGUUACCGAAACAAUGUCGAAUACUGUAGUACCUUCAUUGACACCAAAAGAACCGGAAGGGUUUUUAUCUACAGACAUGAACAAUGGUGAUCGGGAGGAUUCUGGUUUGUCAAACCAUGAAGGAUCUGUAGAGUGUAAUUGUUCACAAAGUAGGUCUUCCAUGUCAAAGGCGGAAGCAAAGCGUGCCAAAAGGCAAUCAGCUCAGCGAUCAAGGAUCAAGAAACUUCAAUACAUAGCUGAUUUGGAAAAGAAUGUACAAGUUUUACAGGCCGGAGGAUCUGAAGUUUCAGCAGAGCUUGAGUUUCUUGACCAGCAGAAACUUAUAUUAGGCUUGGAGAACAAAGCCCUGAGUUUGGGUGGUCAUAUAUAUUAUGCCUACUACAAGCUUGAAAGUGAAAUAUUCUUGAUUGGUGCAGUGGAGCAUGCUAUCUUAGAGAGAGAGAUUGUAAGGCUUCAAGCACUGCACCAGCUUCAACUGCGGCAACAGCAGCAGCACCACCACCACCAACAGCAUCAACGCUUACACCAACGAUCAAAACAUCAAAGGAACAAAACUGGGGACCUUGAUUCCCAGUUCACAAAUUUGUCUCUUCAAAACUAG